UCAUUUCCGCGCGCCACCAUUACGCCAGUUUAAGAGGCAGUCCGCAGACUGUGUCAUCUGUUCCUAAAGUUCCGUUGUGCUUGUCCCUUGUGAGGCAUGGAGAGUGACUUUUACCUACGUUACUACGUGGGUCACAAAGGCAAGUUCGGUCAUGAGUUCCUGGAGUUUGAAUUCCGACCUGACGGUAAACUGCGAUAUGCCAACAACAGCAAUUACAAAAAUGAUGUCAUGAUCAGGAAAGAGGCUUAUGUACAUAAAAGUGUGAUGGAAGAGUUAAAAAGAAUUAUUGAUGACAGUGAAAUCACCAAGGAAGAUGAUGCUCUGUGGCCCCCUCCUGAUCGGGUGGGCCGGCAGGAGCUUGAAAUUGUCAUUGGAGAUGAACACAUUUCUUUUACAACAUCAAAAAUUGGUUCCCUUAUUGAUGUCAACCAGUCCAAGGAUCCAGAAGGCUUACGAGUGUUUUAUUAUCUUGUCCAGGACCUGAAGUGUUUAGUCUUCAGUCUUAUUGGAUUACACUUCAAGAUUAAACCAAUCUAAAUUGGAUAUUGUGGACACAAGGCGGGUGGGAGGUUUUAGUUACCGUAAUUAGGAAUUUUUUUUCUGUAUAUUGGGGCAAUUUUUAUAAACAAUAAAUGAUGGUCUUUAAUAAA